UGUGAGUGCUUACCUGAGAUAAGGUGUGCACUGCUCUCUCAGGUUUCAAGACAGAUCCUGUAUCCUGUAGUUAUUUUUUUCCACAAUGCAGAGUCAGCAUGGAUGGACAUAAAGCGCAGCAGUGACACGAAACAAAGAAUGAGUACUGUCCCUUUGGAGUGAUAAAGAAACACUGAUACAAGCUGAAGAAUGAGCAACCAGGAAACAUCAGCAGACAUCCUUGAAACAAAUUUUGGGGGGCCUGCUUCGUCCAAAGAGAAGAAGGUGAUUCACUUCAGCAGCGGUGAAACUCUGGAAGUGGAAGACAGCGAGGAGGAAGAGGAGCAGCCGUCAAACAGAACUCCGUUUGAAGAACCCCAGCAGAAGACUAGGCUCUCAUUCAAGAAUGUGGCCAUUCUAGUUGGGAGGUUUUCACUGCUGGCCUGUGAUUUCCUUGGAGAAAGAUUAGCUGGUGCAUUUGGACUCAGUGCAGCCAAAUACCAGUACGCCAUAGAUCGCUAUCACCGUGAUCACAAGACAACAAGUAGCCGAGCUGCAGAUGGCGCCAUGGGGGGACAGGCAGAGCCCGGGAACCUCUCUCCUGGAUGUGAUGGGAGCCGUUAUGGGGCCACAGGAGAUGUAAGCUGCUCUACCGAUCCCCAGGAGAGCUGCGAUGAGAAACGUAUGGCUAGAAAAGAAGGAUGUCACAAUAAGGGCUAUCAAGCAGAUGAGCAUCACUUGAAAUGAAACUAAAUAAAGAAAUGCAAAAAAACAAAAUUAAGUUCCUGUGAGGCACCAUUACAACUAUGUCAAGGAAAAAAAAAAAGGAAAGCUAAAACAUUUUAAAACAUGUGUAAAGCUUUUUUUUGCAAAGAUCCUCCAUUUUAAAAUGGAGGUUCUUGUGUCUGGCUCUGAGAGUUUUGUCAACGAGGCCUGUCAGUGCAUCAGAUCAUCUGCUGAGAACUUUGGCGGGUUUUUUUGACCAGAAGCUGAAUUUUGAAUAUAUAAAACCAUAGAUGGUCAGGCUCCUGUAUAUAUAGCAGAGCUCCUGAGACCUUAUAACUGCAGCCGGCCUCUUCUGAUCUGUUCUACGGUCUUACUUUAAGUCCAGAGGUGAUCACGCUUUUGAGGUUGUAGUUACAAAAUUUUGGAACAGCUUUCCUCUGAAGACUGAAUCUGUGGUUUGUUUUAAUCAAUAGUAGAAAACUCCUUUCCAUAAGUUAGCUUUUCUUUAAUCUUUUGCUCAUUAUUAUGUGUAUAUAAGUGUGCAUGCAGGAAUGAAUGAAAGCCCACGUGUUUGAAUCUGUGUUUGCAUAAGUAAAUAUGUAGUUAUUUUAAAUGUGUUUCUAUCCAAAUCCUAUAGAAAUAAAGUUAUUACUGUUUUGUUUUUGUUUUUUUACAUA